AUGCCAAGUGUGGAUAAUGUGGAUCACGUGUGGAAAUCUCCACACACCAUCACACAUCACAGCACCUCAAACAGCAACACUCGACAGCAUCACUCAGCACAGCAUCACACAGCAACACAUCACAGCAACACAACACAGUAUUACACCACAGCAUCACAACACAACACAACACAGCAACACAUCACAGCAACACAACACAGCAUUACACCACAGCAUCACAACACAACACAAUACAACACAGCCUCACAUCACAGCACCACAGCGCCCCGUCACACAACCAGCCACACAGCAUCACCCAUCAUUAUACAGACUGGAACCCCCGUAGUCUGUCCAGCUUCUCCACGUUCGGCGGGGGGCAGGGCUCCCCCACUCAAUGGUAUGAAUGGGCACGCGAAUGGCACCGUCCACGUCAACGGCACCAAUGGCGUGGGCGGCGGCGGCCUGGGCGUCGGCGGGGUGUCUGUGAAGGUGGCGGGCGGCAAGACAAACGGAGCAACCACAGUGACAGUGAACGGUUCCACUCCCCCUGACAUCCUGGACAGCCCCGAUGUCAUAGCGCACUGCCGCAAGAACGCAGCCCCCGUGCCUCCCUCCCCCACCCCCUCCGCGACCCACAGCCAGCCCCCGCCCCUCACCAAGCCCCAGAACAACCACUCCCCAGCCCUCACCAAGCCCAACGUGGCCCCCAACAAGCCGUGCCUAGCCCAGACCAAGCCGGCGCCAGCCUACAAGCCCAAUAUCAUGCAGAACAAGCCCGCCAAGCCCAACAAGCCCACCCUCAUCACCAACAACCCCGAGGCGGCGGCCCACGCGCCCAAGCCCCUGGGCAUGCCCGUGGCGCCGCCCAGCGUGGAGGGGAUCGUGCGGCCCAGGCACUACCACAGCAAGUCCCUGGUGGGCGACGAGCGGGAGGAGGCGGUGCUGGCCCCCAAGCACGCCCACUCCCGCUCCCUGGUGGACAGCGCGGAGCUCUUGCCGCCCAAGUCUCCUGAUGGGGGCAGGUUUGGGGCAAGGUCACCAGUCACCACACACGCCUCCCUUUCCCCGCAGCUCCCGGUGGCCGAGGUGCACCUGUUCCUGGGCCCUGCUGACCGCCGCUUCGGGUUCUCAGUGGUGGGCGGCAGGGACGAAGGAUUUCCGCCCAGGAUAGACGAGAUAGCCAAGGAUUAG